AUGGAGAACUUGGAUUCAAUACCGCCUCGUACUAAAGUCGCUAUUCCCCGGGGACCGACACCAAGGGCCUCACAAUGGCAACGGCGCUUAGGCCGAGCUUGUGAAUCAUGUCGGCGGCGCAAGAUCAAGUGCAGCGGUGACAGACCGACCUGUGGGCAAUGUGCUUACUGUGGCAAAGACUGCGUGUACAAAGAUAUCAAGCGCAUUCGUAUCGAGAAGCAUCUCGCCCUCCUGUCAAAAUAUGCAGAAUGCUACGAAGCCCUACUUCGUGGUAUCGAGGGGAAGGUCGACGCCUCAAUAGCGCGGCGGAUCAAAAAACUGUUUAAAUCAACCAAGAAGAAGUUCGCAGAAGAUAGCAGCGAUUCUGACUCGGCAUUAUCUGUUGGCUCCUUAGCGGCUGUCGAUAUUGUCGAGGGUUUGAAACAAAAGAAAGUCACUCGCGACACCGGACACUUUGAUGAGAGUCCUGAAAUUACUUCGAUGCAAUAUCUAGAAGAUCACAUCGCAACUAGCAAUCGCGAACCAACCAAUGGUCUCGACAAGAAUACGCACUGGAGUGUCCAAUUUGGGCAAUUCGGUUUUCAUGCUCGGAAAUCCUACCAGAAUUCGCGUCGAGGAGCUUCUAUUGCCAUGAUGGACUAUCACAUAGAUAAUUUAGAUAUCCUGCUUGUCGAAAAUACUGACCCUUUCGAAAUCCCACCACGGAAUAUUGCUAACGAGUAUUUCAAUGCGUACAUGGAAUUUGUUCAUCCGACAUACCAAGCAAUAAGGUACUCAGCAUUCACCGCGCAAUACGAGAACUUUUACUUCGGUACACCACGACAACCACACCGGAAAUGGCUGCCUAUUCUUAAUCUCAUAUUUGCCAUUGGUUGUCACUACUGCCGGUUGGCAAACCCUACUAUUCAUAAAGUUCACAAUAACGACCGGCUAGAGUUCUCAGUUGCCAUAUAUUUACUUUGCCUAGGCCAAGUCGAAAGGGCGUCUAAAUUUUCUUGCAUGGCUCUACACUCUGCAAUAUUGCUAGGUAUCAAUCAUCGUCUGACUGAUACGAGAGUUCAAGAUGCAUCAAAGGAGGCAAGAUGUCGACUGUGGUGGGCUAUUCACUCGCUAGAACACCAACUUACCUCGAUGCUCGGCCGAACCUCCUGCAAAGGCGAAAUCCUGACAGACGAAGAAGCCACUAAGGUGGUGCAGGAUGAAAUAGGUGUCCAGCCGACACCGACACCACGUGAAGAUGGUCCUCAGUUAGAUCCAACUGAUCCAACUGAGCAGAUAUAUGCCCAGGAGAGCCUAGGUGACGUCGAUGCAGAAACUAGCAGCAGCACCGCUAGUUUCCAGCAGAAAGCUAGUCAACUAGAGCCAAAUACAGGGGAAGAGACGACCCGGGAAACACGAUAUCCCACCCCAAAUGCACCUGAUUGGGUGCCAGGGGCGUUCCCAGAGGAGCCGCCAGAGGCUCCAGAGGCUCUAGAUCCUGAUCAAACUGGUCAAAUCGAGCCAGAAUUACCCACCCAGAUGCCAAAUUCACCAGAAUCAGUGCCAAAUCAAGGGGUGGAGGAGGUCCUAGCACAGGACCAGGAGGUGGAUUUGCCACUUUAUACAGAUCAGGGCGGUAGCCUAAUUCCUGGCCAAGCUGAUCCAGAUGUCGUCCUAAAUGACGUUCAGGACGACGAUGCAGAGAUGCAGGCAGCCAUUGAUUCCCAAAUCGAAUGGGAAAUAGCGCCAUAUCGAGAGGUUGGAUUAGAUCUAGACGAGUCUAAUAUCAUACCUGGUAAACGUACACGGCGUUCAACCAAGAGAGAUGAUGCAUACUUUACACAAGCUAUGCUCCAACCAGACGAGCCAGAUAUAGACCUACCAGUCUAUGAUCAGGCGUUCUAUACCAGGAUGGUGCAGAACAGUCAGAAUGCCAAAAAUAGGCAUAAAGAUGAUCUCCCUGCUCCGCCAAAGAGCUUUAGGGAGGUUAAAGGACACGAAUUCGAAGAUGGCUUUAACAUCGCGAUGCAGAAGGAGAUUGACGGUCUUACUGAAAAAUGCACCUUUUCAGUAGUAUCUCGUCCGAAUGAUCGCGCGAAGCAGGUCUUACCAUUGAAGUGGGUUUAUACCUAUAAAUUCGACGAAAAUGGGGUUCUGCAGAAAUGUAAAGCUCGAAUCUGUGUCCGCGGAGACCUAGAAAGGGUCUCCCAAGAAGAGAAACGGUCGGCGACACUAGCUCUCAAAACUGCUCGAAUGAUCUUUGCGAUUGUAGCUGUCUUUGACCUAGAUCUACGCCAAAGAGAUGCGGUAGCGGCGUUCCUGAAUAGCUCCUUAGACGAUAAGGAGAUCUAUACGCAGACUCCUGACGGAUUCAGGAGCACACAGGGAAUGGUAUGGCACCUGAAUAAGGCUCUAUAUGGCUUGCGCAUCUCACCGAAGCUCUGGCAGAAAGAGGCGUCACGCGUCCUUUCUGAACUUGGUUUAAAGCAGCUUUGCGAAGAUCCAUGCGUCUUUAUUGGCAAAGGAGUCAUAAUAUUCUUUUAUGUUGAUGACUUCCUGAUUGCAAGCCAUAAGACUGCUUCUCAGUAUGCCCAAGAAUUAGAGCGUAAGCUUGAAAACACCUGGGAACUGACGGAUCAUGGGGAUGCCGAAUGGUUCCUGAAUAUACGUAUUAUCAGGAAUCGUCAAUUACACUGCCUCUGGCUCUGCCAGGACAGUUAUAUUGAAAGUAUCGCAGCCAGAUUCAGGUUAUCUGGUCGACCACCAGUGGUCACACCCAUGCCAAUUGACGAGCUUAGUCCAUAUGAGGGCACUGCAUCUCCUGAAUCGAUCCGGUUUUACCAGGAAAAAGUGGGAUCCAUUCAAUAUGCUGCCACCAUUACUAGGCCUGAUAUUGCCAAGCCAGCCACCAAGUUAGCCCAAUUCCUCCUGAAUCCAGGACCAAACCACCAUGCAGCAGCUGAUCAAGCACCAGCCUGUUACACAGAUUCUGGCUUGAAAUCAGGCUCUAUGGCCCUUAACAUGGCCAGUGAUGCGUCAUUUGGCGAUCACCCUGACCGUAAAAGCUCAGCUGGCAUGAUAUGUAUGCUCUAUGGUGGUCCGGUCGACUGGAAAGCGUCUAAACAGAAGACUGUGACGACGUCCACCACUGAAGCAGAGCUCCUAGGUCUGUCUGAUGCAGCUAAGACUCUGAUAUGGUGGAAAAGGAUUCUGGUCCAUAUUGGAUUAGAGAUGGAAUAUGAGAAGAUCACACUGGACUGCGACAACCAGAGGACAGUGGAUCUGCUCACUAAAGAAGGCUCAUUUGAAACUAAAUUACGCCAUGUGGACAUUCAUCGCAGCUGGCUACGCCAGGAAGUCCAAGAAGGGCGAAUUAGGAUCAGAUGGGUGCCUACCACGCAGAUGGUAGCAGAUGGUUUCACCAAGAUCUUACCACGUCAGAGGUUUGAAGCAUGGCUUAAACUACUGCAUAUGGAAGAUGUGGGAGACAUGAUAGAGCUCUAA